CAGCUUCUUCUCCUCAUCACAAAUCAAAAAUCAUUCCCAACAUGACACCUUGUAUAUUUUUUGCGAAGGGUAAUUGUAAGUUCGGGCAAAAGUGUCAUUUUGGCCACGAUGAGGCAGCUUCUCAAGGUGAGACUCACUUGGGUGACCUGAUUAUGCGUGAAGGACUAAUCGAGGGUUUUCAAUGUUAGGCUCGACUUCUAGCUCACUCCCUUUUCGACCCAAACUUCCUCAGGAUAGAAGGAUUACCCCCAAUGGAAAAGACAGUGAGAGAUCAACGCAGAUUAUCCUGCAAAAUAAGUCGAAGGAACAGCCAACUCGCAAGGAACGGGAAGAAGCGAGAAUGCUGAAAGGACAUGGUGGUUUCCUGCAAAAUCUCCAUGUUGAAGGCUCAGUGAAAGAUGAUCAGCCUGUAGAAAUGAAGAACUACGAGUUCGUUGCCUCAUACAGUUGGAAAAACAUCGAGCAUCCAACUAUCUACGUGCCAGGUUCGAAUGUAUAUCUCUUGAAAGAUAGACCAAAUUAAACUGAUCGUUUUCAGGUUAUCCUUCACAAUUUAUACCAACGGCGGCACCCUUUCAAAUGGAACCAGACAACAUUCGAAAACGUCUGCGCAAGCGCUCGCCCGCGGCAGCUGUUGAUCCCCUGUUUCAAUCACUACUCCAAAUGCACCCAGAAUUCAAUAUGUCCUCCAUCGAUAUAGCCACUGACCGUAACUCUCUUCGAAAACUCCUCAAUUUUUCUUCCGGUAUCAUCGAUCAGUGGCGUCUUGAGGUCGACAUGAUCGAUGACACUUUGUUCUUUUCCCAGUGGGAAGAGUUUCGACAGAAGCUGAUAAACGGACAGCAAGAUUCGGGCUAUGGCCAUUCAUUAGAAGACCACGUAACUCAAAAGCCCACGAGUAUGGAAGAUUGUAUGCACUAUGAAAGGGUGGUGCAGUACGAACUAGGAGGUUUGAAGUUUCUGGUUAGGUAUGAAGCAGAUGCUUUCAUUGAGACCGAGGAGAGUCCCGAUAUAGACGAACGGACUACAGACGACCCAGUGGCACCAAAACCGUCGAAGCCAGUUCUUAAGCCACCAUACAAGCUUGUUCAUGUUAUACCCCGAGGCCGCCUUGUUGAUCCGACUUCGAUAGUGGAGAUUAAAUCACACAAAAGACCGAAAUUCAAUUACAGCAAAACUCUUCCACAGCUGUGGUUUGCGCAAACGAAGUUCAUCUGCGCGGCUCGACAUGAAGAUGGGCUCGUAAGUGAGACGUUAGAAGUGCGGGACAUGAGCGAAGAGCUCGAGAAAUGGCGGAUUCAGAAUCAGGAUAACCUGAAGAAUAUGAUGAAGAUCAUAAAAGAGAUUAAGGAGAUCACUCGGGAGUUCAGAAAAUGCACGGUCAUUUAUAGAGUAGUUGAUGGAAGGAAGUGCUUAAGUGUUUUCAAGCGACAGAGUGAGUUUGCCAUCCGACCUGAGGUGGUGGAGACAUUUUGGGGAACGAAAUCAAGUACUUAA